UACCAGCUGCAGAGUGAGGGCACUUGCAUUUCCCUUUAGGUGGUGGACGAAGUGUUUAUCAUGCCUGAACCUGCUAAGUCCGCUCCUGCCCCAAAGAAGGGCUCCAAAAAGGCGGUGACCAAGGCGCAGAAGAAGGAUGGUAAGAAGCGCAAGCGUAGCCGCAAGGAGAGCUAUUCCGUGUACGUGUACAAGGUGCUAAAGCAAGUCCACCCCGACACCGGCAUUUCAUCCAAGGCCAUGGGCAUCAUGAACUCCUUCGUCAACGAUAUCUUCGAGCGCAUCGCUGGCGAGGCUUCCCGCCUGGCGCAUUACAACAAGCGCUCAACCAUCACCUCCAGGGAGAUCCAGACGGCCGUGCGCCUGCUGCUGCCCGGGGAGCUGGCCAAGCACGCCGUGUCGGAGGGCACCAAGGCUGUCACCAAGUACACCAGCUCUAAGUAAUUCUAACGUCUUCAUACCCAAUCCCAAAGGCUCUUUUAAGAGC